AUGAAUUUGGAAGAAUAAGCAAAAGAGUCAAUAGAACGAGAAUCAGAUGAUAAUGAAAAGAAUGAUAAGAAAGAUUAAGCCUAGCAACCAGAACAAAAGAAAAAAAAGAAGAAAAAUAAAAAGAAAAAGAAAUGGGGAGAGGAAGGUAAUUUCAAAUUAAAUAAAAUUAAUAGAGGAAAUACUUACAGAUUUUGAUGAUGAUUGGCAAAAUAAAGUGAAGCAAUCUAAAAUUUUGUAAGAUCCAGACCUCCCUCAACAUAUUAAGGAAAAGUACGCUAUUUAUGAAAACAAUCCAUUUAUGAUGAUUAUUUCAAAUGUGCCUUUGAAUGUUUAACUAAAAGAAUUGGAAGAGUAUUUUAAUACACUCAUUACUUCUCUUGAUCCUAAAAUAAGUAUGAUAAUCCCUGAAUUUAGAUGACAGACCAAUCAAAUCAAUUGAAUAUGGUGCCACAAAGUCCUGGGUUGUUUUAGAAUGCAGUUCCAAAGAAGCAAAAAGAGCGUUAGUCACUCAGGAUUAAGUUUAAUUUGUCAACAAUUGCAAAAUUAAGGUGGAGAGACCAAGAAAAUUUUUGGAGAGAAUUCUAAAUCCCCAAACUAAAGAUGGAGAACUUAAUCCCGAAUAAAAACAAGAGGAUAACACCAGAUUGUAUUUGGGUGGAUUGCCGACAUAUUUAAGGGAUGAAGAUGUUAUGAAAUUAAUUUAAUCCUUUGGAAUAACCAAGUAUUUCAAUCUAGUAAAGGACACUGCUUCAAAUACAGAAAUUUCGAAGGGUUAUUGUUUUUUUGAAUAUGAAAACGCUGUUUCUACUGCAAAGGCUCUUAAGGCUCUCAAUAACUUAUAAAUCGGAGAUAAGAAGUUGAAGAUUUGUAAGGUUUAAGGAGAAACUUAAUAAAAUAAAAAAGUAAAUGGGAAGGAUCAACCAUCCAAUUAUGCUGGUUCAUUCUUGGCAUCUUGUGAUUUACUUAGAAUACCUUAAGUUUAAUAGAUGUUAACAAUUCCGCAAUCCGCCUUGAUACCUAGCAAGGUUGUUUAAUUUUUGAAUAUGGUAUUGUAUUUUCUUAUUCAUUGAUAGUGUUCCAUUUAGGAUUUAUAUGAGGAUGACAUUUUCGAGGAAUUGGUGGAAGAUAUAAGGAGUGAAUGCAUGCGUUAUGGAUAAAUCGAAAAAAUCGAAAUUCCGAGACCUGAUAAAGAAUCAGGGUAUUUAUGAUUGUUAAUUAUAGUUUCUGCAAUCCUGCUGUUGGGAAAAUAUUUGUUAAGUUUUAUUAUUAAAUUCCUGCAAAGAAGGCUAAAUUUCACUUAGCUGGACGUACAUAUAAUAAGAGAACUGUUAUUACUUCAUUUUAUCCUGAAGAAUAAUUUGAUUAUAAAGACUAUUUGAUUAAUGGAUGA